AGUUUUGAGUUGGAUCCUCUGACGUGUCAGACUGUCGUCAUUCUGCUGAGGAAGGAACCGCCUUGAAGAAACAAGAAAGCAGGUUUUCACUUCAAAAGAUACUGUCAUCACCUGUCACCAUGGGGGCAAUUCAAUCAAUAUUUCAAAUGUUGUUCACUAAAAAAGAGAUGCGGACCCUCAUGGUAGGCCUGGAUGCUGCAGGAAAGACAACAAUACUGUACAAGCUCAAGCUUGGAGAGAUUGUGACUACCAUUCCCACAAUAGGAUUUAAUGUGGAGACAGUUGAGUACAAGAAUAGCAACUUCACAGUGUGGGAUGUUGGCGGUCAAGACAAAAUUCGACCGCUUUGGCGUCAUUACUUCCAGAAUACACAGGGUCUCAUUUUUGUUGUGGACAGCAAUGACAGGGAACGAAUUGGCGAGGCCCGUGAAGAGCUCAUGAGAAUGUUGGCUGAAGAUGAGCUACGAGAUGCUGUUCUCCUAGUUUUUGCCAAUAAACAGGACCUUCCAAAUGCCUUGAACACAGCAGAAAUCACAGAUAAACUGGGUCUUCACUCCUUACGCAUGAGACAGUGGUACAUCCAGGCAACCUGUGCCACUAGUGGAGACGGUCUCUAUGAAGGAUUGGAUUGGUUGUCAACUACGGUCAACAAGAAGAAAUAAUCACCUUUUCCCAAUGGUGAAUGUACAUUCCCAGAUAUGUCACUUUGCUGUCUGCUUUAAUUACUGUUGUGAGUUGAGCUACCUUGUCC